UGGCCCCAGCCAACAAACAGCAAAGAAAAAAAAAAAAAAAAAUUUACCGCACUGAUUCAACAUUGCUUUUGAUAGCAUUUUGAAGAAGAUAAUGUUUCGUUCAAUUAUUAAUAACAGUUUCAAACUAAAUAUUAGCGUAAAUGCUAGCGUUCGAAAUUAUGGGAAGCACAACAAAAAAUUUCUUUAUAAAGAUGGUGUUAAGAUGCACAAUAUUAUCUAUUAUCCUAGAGACAAUGGUUCACAUUCGCUUCCAGAAACAGGAGAGCCAUCUAAACUAUUCCGGGUUCGCCGAAUUAAGCCAGUGAAAGGGUGUCCCCAUUGGGAAAAGCGGAUUCUUCGAGAUCUUGGUUUGUACGAGUCUAAUGCUAUUGCUGUAGUUAAGAAUAUCCCGGAGAACAACGCUCGGCUAUGGAAGGUGAAACAUUUGAUCGAAGUGUUGCCGAUCCGAUUCCCUUAUGGUGAGCCAACGAAAGCUGACAUCAAUUACACAUUCUUGAAGGAUAAUGGCGAUUGUGUUGUUGUUAAGGAUGUUACGGAACGCCAAAAGCGAGAGAAUCGUUUCGAAGCAUCUGAGCAGUUCACGAAAACGCCCAAUCGUAUGGAUGGCGAAACACUGAGGAAAGAUUCUCGUCUUAAAUGGCUUAAUCCAUGGUAGCCUGGGCAAUUUGAAUACAUUAAUACAUUACUUGAAGUGAAAA